UUAUUCUCUCUCUCUCUCUCUCUGUAUUUUUUUUUUGGUUUCUCUUGCAAGGGAACAGAACAUGACAAACCCUUCAGGCUUAAACACUCCGACUUCUUUGUAACUAACCCCCUUGUCUUUCUACUUGUCGACAUGGCCACGAUUUCAGGAGCUAGCCAACGGCGAGAGCCCAGUUCGGGUGGCAAAAUGGUGAGGCCGAGGCGAGCCGCCUUACCCAGGACGCCUUAUGACCGCCCCAGAUUGGUCAAUCCCACUCAGCAAAACCCUAAUUGGAUCUCCAGACACGUUUUCUCUCCCACUCGCACGAUUGUCACCGGCGCCGGCAGGAUUCUCUCCUCUGUUUUCGGCUAUGAAUCUUCCUCCUCCUCCUCCUCUUCUUCUUCUUCCGACUGCGAUUUCUCUUCAGAUGACACUGAUGACAACAAUGAUGAUAAAGAUGUCCUGUCUCAAGGGGUUCAUACCAUAGAACAUCAUGUAGACAUUCUUGACUCUAGUGAUGAUUGUAAUGAUGUUAGAGGAUGCCUUAGUUGUUUCUUUGUGGGGCAUCAGAGGGAGCCCCUAUCUUUUGCAGGAAAGACUGAAACCAAGCGCCUAAUAGAGCAGCUUCUCGUGCAGGAGACUUUCUCAAGGGAAGAGUGUGAUAAACUAACAAAUAUUAUCAAAUCAAGAGUAAUGGACUCUCCCAUGCUCACAGGCAUGGGGGAUGCAAGACUAAAUGAAACGCCUAACAGGACAGGUGGAAGUGAUGUUGAAAUUCAUGAUCUUUGCAGUGCAGCUGUUAUGGAGGCAAGAAAAUGGUUAGAGGAGAAGAAGUUAGGAUCAAGUUCUAAGUCAGAAUUGGACAAUGAGACCUCUGCUCGGAAUCCUGUUACAUUCACACAUGGUGCUGAAGGGGAAACAGGAUCACCUGUGGACGUGGCCAAGUCAUACAUGCGAACUCGUCCUCCAUGGGCAUCACCUUCUACAAAAAAUAUUGGAUUUAGAUCUUCAUCACCAAUUGGGAUGCCACUUUUCAAGGAAGAUACACCAUAUUCAAUUGGUGGCAAUUCCUUCUCCUCAUUCAAGCUGAAAAGGGGUUCUCCUGCCACCGGCUCAUGGAACAUCCAAGAGGAAAUACGGAAAGUGAGAUCCAAGGCAACAGAAGAAAUGCUGAGGACUCGAUCAUCCUCAAAAAUUGACUGGUCUUCAUUUUCAUUCGAACAUAAAAGUGGUCUUGAUUCAUUAGUUGCCAAGACCUUAGGACCUGCUGAGGAAGAUAACCCACAGAGCUCUAAAAAGUCAGGAGAUGCAUCUGUAGACUUGGGUGCAAGGCCAGUUACACAGAUUAUACAAGAUGCAUUGCAUAAUGAUGCUUUACCAAGCCCAGCUACUAUUGGCUGUGAAGAAAACCAGGGUAUGGAAGCCAUUCAAAGCAUUGAGGGAAAAAAAGAUGAGACAUUAGAUGUGGAACAGGGACUUCAAUCAACAGUAGAUAUCAAGAUUGCAUCUCAUAGUGAUGUUGUUGCUGCUGAUGUUGAUCGUUUAAAGGACACCAAUGGGUCCAUCCAGCAGUUUAGCUCUACUGGGGAAGAAGCUGUGCAGGACUCACAAGUAGAAGAUAAAAACUGUUCGACAUUAAAAGAAGUUCCUGGAAUAGGUGGUGCUGCAUCUACUACCAAUGGGUUCCCUUCUUCAGGAUCCAGUAUGUCAGCUGAACUGGAUAAAGAAGAAAACCGCAGACCAAUUAAUGAGGAAGACAAGGCAGUUGCUUCUAGUCACGACCAUCAAACAAAAGUGGUGGCAGAGCAGAACUGUGAGCUUUUGAGUGAGGCUACCAUGGAGGUGCCAAUGGUGAAUGAAACCGAUGCUUCCCAGAACAGUUCCAGCAUGCACCAUGAAACCUCUCCACAGCAACCGAAUGCAGCAGGUUCAAAACGCAACGUGGCAGGCAAAAGUAGCCUGGGUAUCGAGAAGCAGCAGGGAAAGAAAGUGACCAGAUACAACAGGAGGGGCAGGGGACGGGGCAGAUGAUGCUAAAAUCGUGCCUGUAGCUUGCUGUAAAAUGACCUGUAAACUUGGCCCAGGGGAAUGAUAAACCGCAUAACAGGGCAUUUGUAAACUGUAGCAAGUUAAAGAAACUAGUGCUUAGCUGUCAAAGAUGGAGGAGAUUUAGGUGUCAGGUCUGCAGUUUAGGAAUUGAUUUUUGUAGUUUCUUUGUAUCAAAAUAUCGAUGGUAAAACAAUCGUGAGCCCGUAGUGGAAGUGAUAAAUUAUUUUGUCCUAUUGUCUUUUGUGGAAACGCCGUGUAAUUUACAGUACCAUAAAUGUCAACAGUAGUUCUCUUGCAGUUAAGUA